CCCAAGUCACCGCGCUUCCCCAUGACGUUCCUACGGUGCAUCUUGCUUGUACUUGCAGUCUCGGCAUCAGUUGCAGGUCAAACCAACACCACAUCCGAUACACCUACCCUGGCACCGACGAUUCUACCAACUUCCCAAACUCCGACACCACCGACGACCAUUGGCGUGACGACGCUGCCACCAACGUCAACGUCAAGCCCGUCCGUCGCUCCACCUUCGACCACUCCCUCGUCAACACUGCCACCUACCACUACACCUAGCACUCCCGUGGUGAGAACCACUACAUUUGAACCGACCACCACGACGGCCUCCCCGCCAACGACGACAGGCACGGCUGCACCAACCAACCCUCGAACGAAUGUGGUCACCACGACUCGGGCGGCGACUGCUGCCGCGACACCCCAACCAAAACCAGCGACAUCCCCAACGACACACGAUCCGUUGCACAUCCAGCAAACUAUCACGAGCACAUCCCUCCCACCAGCCAACAUGAAAUCGGACGCGGUCGGUGUAACUUCGAUCGUCCUCAUUGCAGUUGCUGCAGGGGUGCUGCUGGUCGUGGCCAUUGUGGUGUACCGCCGCCACAGACGAAAGGCCAAGUACGCGCCAAAGACCCGUACCCCGCUGCCUUCUGCGCACUUUGUAUCUUCGUCCACGCCAUUUUCCAACGCCCUGGCUCGACCGAGUGGCGUGCUGUCUCCAUGGAGCGACGAAGACGACGAUGACGACGCUGCCUUGUUCAAGGAAAUGGUGCGCAUCCGCGUCCACGUGACUUAG